UCGGUCGAUGUCUCUUUGUAAGUCUUCACAAUUGCCCCUAAUGUCGGACCCUUUCCCUCCCUCGUCCAUUAUGCAAGACCCCCUUCCCGGGAAUACUCCUCGCUCGUUCCAUCCUUUUCAGACCGAUCCCCACGCCCGUCGCCUUCUUGACCACCCCGAUUACUAUCCCAUUGGCACCUGGUCGCGUCUCCCCAAACCAACGGGCGAGGAUGGACUCUUUGCCGGCACCUUGGCCACCUCCACCACCAUCCCGCACUGCCUGACGCUGCGUCGUCGCGAAUUGCCCGCCCUGCCCGCCGUCGCUCCGCCCUGGCCGGCUCCCACCGCGGAUGCCACCGCGGGCGCGUGUCCGGCGGAUGUCUUCCUGCUGCUGGACCUGGCCGCCCCGGGCAUCUGCGGUCAUCCGGCCACCGUGCACGGCGGCAUCCUGGCCACCUGUCUGGAUGAGGCCAUGUCUCUGGCGGUGACCUUGUAUGCCCCGCCGCCCGAGCUGGACCCCGACUCCCACUCCCCCCGCGGCAAACUCUAUACGGCCCAGCUGGAUGUGCGAUACAAGCGCCCCGUGUCCGCCCCCGGCUUGCUGGUCGCGCGGGCCAAGGUGGUCGCCCGUGUCGCCCGCAAAUUCUGGGUUCGAGCUCAGCUUCUCCAGGAAGACGAAGCCGAUCCUUCUCGCAUGGUAGUCACCACCGACGCUAUGGCCUUCUGGCUGCAGACCUCGGCCCAUCUUUAGCGCACUGGGGCGAGGGGGAGAGGUGGUUCGCCGCAUAUUCUGUCCCGUCUUGUCCGAUCUCUCCCCUUGUAGUAUAUCCCUAUAUCUCUUUUACAUAUUUGUGUGGGUAGGUGGGAGGGGGUGUAAAUACUACUGGUGCUCAAUACGUA